GCACCUCCCGCUUUUCCCAUCAUAACAAAAGUCAAGCAAGCAAUGACGUCCCGCCGGAUUGGUCCAUCGCCAUAUCAUAUGUAGAGGAUGUCACAUGCUAUAUAAUAACUUCAAUCGUACUUCCUCACGUCGAAGGGGUGUCAUUGUCCAUCAUCUGUCAAUGUGUGCCCGUGUAGCUGUGCUUCUGUCCAUGUCCUAAAGCUCGGCGGCUGCAACUUUCUGACCUUGCCUUUCGCCACCUUCUCUCUUAUUUCCCUUCUCUUUUCGUUUCUUUUCAUAUUCUCCUUUUCCCCCCUCUUUUGCGAAGAUAUGGCACCUUCUUCGAAGAUUCGACAUAGGUUCCAAAACUCGCUGGAUAUGGUCGCUGCGCGAUGCGUUUCGUAUGUUGACCUUACUCAACCGUCCGGCACGGACAAUGCCUGGAGCAUCGUGGACUCCCCUACGCUGGGUCGAGCAGGCAAUAUGGACUCUCCUACGCUAGGCAAAUUAGGCAUGAUCGACUCUCCUACCCUGGGAGAUACUGAUAUGAUCGACUCCCCGAUAUUGGGCAGAAUGUCCAGUAUCGCACGACGACUAGAGUGGAUUUCAGCAGAACCGUCGCCAGUACUACCCAUGAUCGAAAUCGACGAGACUCCAAUUGGGGUCAAGACGGUCAAGGUGGAACCGUUACAUAUACAUAAGAAGGCCAAUGUUACGCCUAUAGAUGUCAAAAAGAUCCGGCGAAGGGGCUUCACGACUGGAGUUCAGCUCGUUCUUCCCCCCUCUCCUCUUCCGCCACCGCGAUCGCCGCUGGGGUUACCUCCCUUCACUGCAACGACACCUCAAACCGCUCUCACGUUCACCGCAGAAUGGGAUUUGACCCAGAGCAGUUUCGUCUUCACUCCUUUCCAGACAUCUUAUCCGCCAUCUGCAACUAGCCCCUUCAUGGUCGUCAGUCCCGUACCUGAUGACAUCGGUGUCGACGCCAUGUCAGUGACAGAUGUACAUACUACUGAGAUUGCACAGCCGGAUAGCCCGACUAGCUCAAUCAGCAGCUCUCCUUGUUCAGAGAUCUUCGACACCGAUUUCAUCUAUCAUUCACGCAAGAUGUCAUCUUCUACAGCUCCAUCUUCCGCAGCGCCCUUGUCGGCCAAACCAGAGUCCUCGUCAACAUCGUUGACGAAAGAGCUGACUAUCCAUCUUUUCGAAGAGGAACUCAACCGAAGCAUUCCCCCGGCUUCCCGCGAUACCGAGUUCGAUAAGGGUCUCUAUGAGGACAUUGAUGAGGAUCUGUUGAUGGCACCGAUGGAUGUCUUUGAGCGGCUGCUUUGGGAGUCGACUGUGGAAUCCGAAGCCCGAGUUGCCCAAUAUGUUCCGGAAGAGAUUAUCGUGAAGCCGGCCAGAUUGUCUUAUGGGGAUAGGAUUGACCCCAAUGUUCCACGCCAUCCAUCGCAGGAGAACAUACCGCUUACUGUUGAGACCAGCCUCCCACCACUUCGCGACAGGCGAAUCAAUGUGCCAAGCCCUCGUGGGCCUCGGCCUCGUCGCAAACGCAACUUCAGCGAAGAUUUCGUUGGCGGAGUGUUCAAGCAUUGAAGCACGUUGGGUUAGGACAAAGGACUAAUAGUGCCAGGGACACUCACUAAUCAUGAAAUUACGACGAUUCGUAACUUAACAUUCGUUGUAUAUUCCUUUUACACUUUGGGGCGGUUUAUUUUGGAUGGAGAAUGUCUUGUUGUACUUGUAUGUAAUCUUCACAGCUUGAUCAGAGCAUGUCUUUGUUGGAGACACCUCUUAGUCAGCAGCUAUCUGAAGUGCUUGGAAGUUUGGCAGGACGACUUCGACAAUCGCAUGUACUUGUCUUUGCACAUGCAUAACAAUCUGUGUGGGAUAAUGAUUUGAUACGUUGAUUUGCAGUAGGGCCUUCGGAGCAACAGUAUGCAGAUUGGACCUUGAUCCACACAUGCCCAAAACGUUUGCCUUUCCAGUGCUAAUCAAUGAUUUAAGCGUCU